UUCUACAGUUCUAUAUCGGAUUUAUCAAUAGUUCUAUCGAAUUACGUCCAGAAACAACGUUUUAAAAAAUGAGAUGCUAGAAACUUCCCGUCUUACCAUCUAGCAUCUCACUGGAUUUCGAACGUAUGAGAUGUAAAAUAUAAGAAUCCAAAGAGUUCUAUCGUUAAAACUUAAUACAUCAAUUCGGGCUAUAAAAGAAAUUGGCCGAAAACGGUACAUAAGAGCACGUACAGGUGAUAUGCUGACCAAUUCGUAAGAGAUCUGACUGUUUCAUCGUAGUGACCUGAGUGCAACAAGUGGAACAUCAAGCCUAUAACUACAUAAAGUCCGUUAAGGACUUUCUAAAUAGAAACUAUACCGUAGAGAUUUUCUUUCUAAGCACAGUUCACAUAGACUCGUUAGAUGUACAGUUGCCUGCAAUCUUUUAACGUUGAAACACAAACUAAGAAAUGGAUAUAAAUAUUAUACGCAACUUUUUCCUCUUUGUCUCAGUGAAUAUAAUUUUACUGUCAUUAAUAUUCAAUUUCCUGGAAUCUUAUGUACCUAUAUUAAUAAAACAUAGCUUUCUCUAUGGCAAAUAUAAUAUAAAGACGUCUUAUACAAUAGCAACAAAACUCGAAGUGCCUAAAAGCUGGUUUAGACAUUUUUACAUAUUUUGUGCACCAUUGAUGACUAUUACUCUUUGCUUACUUUCUUACAAAUAUCUCUAUAAUGUAAAUGUACCUGAAAUUAUGUUUACAUUGUUAGACAUAUUAUUAGGAGGAUCCAGAAAACCAUUAAUUUCAGCAGAAGAUACAUUUCUGGUUAUUGUCAUAUUUAAUAUACAUUGUUGGAAAAGAUUAUAUGAGUCAUGUUUCAUUAAUGUAUAUAGUAAUCAAAAAAUCCAUGUAUUCCUUUAUUUUAUCGGAUUUGCACAUUACGCUGCAAUAAUUCUGUCUAUAUUAGGCGAAUCUGAAGGGUUUGUUAAAGGUUCGCAUGCGACCUUGUUCCUGCACAAAAUCACAACUGUGAAACUAGUUUGUGCAUUUAUAUGUUUAUGGGCGUCAUAUGUACAAUUGAAAACAAAUUUUAUUCUUGCAAGACUACGUAAAAAUUCUCAUGGUGACGUUGUAUCUUAUAAACAUAAAAUACCAUUUGAUGGUCUAUUUAAAUAUAUAGCAGGUCCAUUACAAUUGUGCGAAAUAAUUAUAUAUUUAAUGCUUUCCAUAAUUUUUUGGCGAGCUUCUACAUUUCAUUACAUGACUUUUUGGGUUAUAUCGAAUCAAGUGGAAUGUGCAUAUUUGUCUCAUCAGUGGUACUGUAAAACAUUCACAAAUUAUCCAAAAGAGAGAAAGAUCAUAAUUCCUUACAUAUGGUAAA